UCUAGUUUAGACCAGGUAGUGCAGCCUUGGUUAAGGGCUAUAAGACAGGCAGACAGGACAGUCCACCACCACACUACCCACUCUGCAGGAUGAAGGUGUUUUUGCUCCUGUCUCUGCUGGCUCCUGUAGCCGUCCUCUCUCAGUUCUACCUCCCUCAGGACUGUGACGACAUCUAUCAACAUGACAACACCAAACCCAGUGGGGUGUACACCAUCUACCCUGGGGGUCCCAUCACACCCCUGCACGUCUACUGUGACAUGGACACAGAUGGAGGGAGGUGGACUGUGUUCCAAAGGAGAAUGGAUGGAACAGAGAACUUCUACAGACCCUGGGCGCACUACAAAUCUGGCUUUGGGAAUGUGGCUGGAGAGUACUGGCUGGGUCUGGACAACAUCUUCCUCCUGACGAUGAGGAAGAAGAGUGAGCUGAGGGUGGACAUGGAAGACUUUGAGGGAGGGAAGGUUAAUGCUAAAUACACCUCCUUCUCCAUUGAUCCUGAGAACUACGGAUACACACUGAGACUGGGCAGUUAUGUAGACGGAGGGGCAGGAGACUCCAUGUCGUAUAGCAACGGCAUGAAGUUCAGCACCUACGACAACGACCAGGACACCUGGGGCGACCACUGUGCCAGGCGCCACAUGGGUGGAUUCUGGUACGGUGCCUGUUCGAAUGCCAACCCUAACGCCCUGUAUGCCCCACAUCCGGCAACGUCUUUCACUUAUGUGUGUGUUUAUUGGCAUCACUGGAAAGGGGAAAACUGCUCUCUGAAAAGCAUUUCCUUUAAGAUCAGGGCUGUCUCUGAUGCUGUGGCUGUCCAGGAGCAGGAGUAACAUACCUGACUCUAUCAGUCCUGACCUAAUGUCACCAUCUCAAAAUGACUA